AUGACAGACGCUAUAGAAAUGGACGAGCUGAAUCGCAGACGUCCGCCAGUUCACCCAGAUCUUGCCACUGAGCGCAACCAGCAGCCCUUUGACGAUGACACCAAGGAUAGCACUCUUUCAGCCUGGAGCUGGGUUGCAGCUUCGAUACUAUCGCUGUGGUCCAUCAUGUUGAUGUUAUUUCCUCGAUUCUUGCUCUUCGCUGCCGAGGAAGGACAGACCCUCACUGGAUUCGAGUCCUUCCUGUCGGUCCACUUUGGGAUUCUUUUAGCCGGAGUAUCUGCAGGUCUUAUCAUCCAUAUACCUUCUGCCCAUCCAGUUCCCAGGCUCGAAGACACGACGCCCAAUCAUCCUCUGCUCGUCAUCACGACUGUGACUACAUCACUAAGCGCUUUCAUAGCGUAUAAUACACCUGGUCUGGGUGGUCUUCCGGUUUUAUAUUCUGCAUGUACCGGCACUAUUGGUUUAUGGGGUUUAUGGGCGAUCACUUUUGGGAAUGCUGGUCUGAUAUCGAAUAAGACGGGAGCCGAUAAGCACACGAGCUCCUUUAUUUUCGGAAAUAAGUCGUCAGCAUCAGCGCAGAAGAAGGCGUGGAAGAAGGACCAGAAGAAGAGGAGUAUUUAG